CGCGCGUGACGGGGCACCAGGUAAGAGCUUCGCGCCAGUCAUCAGCGAACCUCCUCUAGGGAGCCAGACAACCCCACCCUCAGAGUGCCACUUUCAACGAAGCUAUCGAGAUACUGCGUGGCUACACCAUCCCGCUCUUGACGUACCGUACGACGAAAGGCAUUUUGCCGCCGAAGGCUUCGACGCUAAGCCCCAGCGUUGGAAUGGAAAAAGCUGAAACUCUGUGAAUAAACAUUUGAGUGAAUAGAGAAUAAACAUCACUAGAAACAUCUUUGUCGAGUAAUUGCAGUGAUUGAUUUUUCUAUUUCUGUAAAGAUUAAAAUCAAGUGUUCAUGGGAGAUGAUCGAGUGGAGGUGAAUUUCUGAAAAAUAUGUGGAUUUAAGAAAAGAGACGAACCGGCGUUGAAAUCUCCCGUGCAGAUCAGUGCUGACCAUAUUGUGUGCCGUACAAGAAAUUAAGUCGUACAUGUGGUCUUCAUUGGUACGACAUAAACAUGAAGGAAUACCAAGAGGUGUGGUUGGAUCUGGAGUCGGUGCUAUUGGGAGAGGACCAUGGAGACAUGCAUCUCUAUCAAACGCAGCAGCAGGUUCCCCAGGAAACGAAUAACCAUGCCCAUGGUGAUGACCUCCACAAUCACUCUACCCACCCUCCUGAGGCUCAUAACCACCCACCAGACCAAAAUGGAACUCUCUCUUCUCUGCAUCUGAAUGCUCAUUCCCCUACAAUUCAUCAUGCAGCCACUCACAACCAGCAUCAAACGCAGCAUCCUCCUGCAAGUCACCACCUUUCACUUGAUCCAAUCAACAACUCAUCCAACCACUCCCCUUCACAAAACACAAUUCAUUCACCAAGCCAGGUCACAAUACCUUCACCAGCUCCAGGAAUGAUGCCCGAGAAUAUCCACUCUUCCAGUCAUUCUACUACCCAAGGAGCACCCCAUCCGCCAGUAUAUACGUCUCAUGUUUCAGCACCUACGACCUCAACAAUAGUCGAACUAGGAGGCAUGAGAUCGUUUCCACCACUGACUGGAAUGGCAGAACAUCACCAACCAAUUCCACAGGCAAACACAGUCGCUCCCCUACCCUCCCUCCAUCACUCUCAACACCCUUUAGCCAGUGCAUCAACACUUACUAGGGGCAGCACCCCUGGAAUUCCUCCCAUGUGCGACUUGGUCGAAGGAUCUAUGAUGUCCCCGUUAGCGGCCCACACUGCCCUCCCUCCAACGCCUCCACAUCAGGAUCCAAAAUAUGACUACACGAACAGCCAUGCUGGAUAUGAAAAUUCCAACGCAUGCCGAAUCAAGAAUGAGUAUGGUGAUUUUAAUCAAAACCUAAAUCUUCGGACUGGCGUGAAGCGAACAUACCCAGACGGAUCAUCCUCUCAGGCGAAGUACCCCUGCGUUGCAAACUCCUAUCGUCGUGAAGAAGUAUCUUAUCAAGCACCUGUUCCACCUCCCCUCCAAUAUAUGGGAACACCAGGAACUUUGCAACCGCAGCAAACACAGCAACUUCAACAACAGCCACAGCAAAUGCAGCAGCACCCGGGGGGCACUCCACAAUACGUACUGCCUCCAACCCCUCCACAGUACCCAGCGGGGCCUCACACGCUCCAGCACCAUCCGACUCACCAUACUGAUUAUUCUACCACAGCUACAGCCUGGACCCCUACACCCACUCCUUACGGUGGUUAUGCUCAGUACCUAGACUUUAACUCGUGUCCCCCAAACCCACUGAAUAACAGCGUUCUUCCUCCUCCCGAAGUCCCUCCUCCACCGACCAAACCCAGGAGGAGACGUGCCCGGAGGAAGGUUAUUAUUCAUAAAUGCCCCUACGAGGGCUGCAUAAAGACUUACAUCAAAUCGUCACACCUGAAAGCACACUUAAGGACCCACACAGGGGAGAAGCCUUAUACAUGCAAGUGGAAAGGAUGCGGCUGGAGAUUUGCAAGGUCAGACGAACUGACACGCCACUACCGGAAACACACUGGUGACCGGCCUUUCCAGUGUCGACUCUGUGAGAGGGCAUUUUCCAGAUCGGACCAUCUAAGCCUUCACAUGAAGAGACAUAUAGCACUUUAAAUCUCUAUGUUCUUUGCUUUACAUUUAGACAAAUGGAAAAGUGUGUAGCGAAUUUUAUUCCAGGCAACGGAACAUUUGGAGCUCAUCCAGAAUCCAGGAUAUAAAGUUAUGGAGCAAAUAUUUCUGUCACAUUGCCCUGUGAAGGUUUGUUGAGAGUAAACUCAUCAACGGGACACUGACUGAGAAAAAUCGGAGUAAGGCCUAAGAAUAGGACCAUUUUAAAUUCAGUCUAACUGGAUAUGCACAGAUCGAUAAACACGGUCAAAUACCUACAAAACUACAUCCAAUCAAUUGAAACUGAUUUAUUUAUUCUACUGAUAAAGUUACAUUGAAAGAUUUCCAAAGAAUUUUUAUAGUGAAAACAAAGUUCUCUUGCUUGACAACUUUCCUACUCCACUGUUCAAUAUAUUGAAACCAGCAGGCUUCUUUACGCGCUGAAGGGAACAGAUUGCGUAUAUACAUAGACAUAUCCCAUUAUGUGUAAACGUUACUAAGUUAUAAAAAAUAGUAAUAUUUCACUUCUCAGAUGCGUAACUGAUAUAAACAGUUUAUUGAGCAUUGAAAAAUUCCUCUUUCCUAAACAUUUAAUCAUUUAUUAUAAAUAAUAAGUUAAAGGGAGAACUUACUGUUUCACGAGAUCUUGUGUCAUUACGAUUUUCAUCAAGAGGUUAACAAACACAUUCCAACUUGCACACAAACAAUGUAUGUCUAUAAAAAAAACCUUUACCGAUAACAAUACCAGAACAAAUGUAUUAACAGUACUUUUUUCCUAAAGGGGUUACAUACCUUGUAAGACUUUGAUAUGAUUUUUCUAAAUGCGAUAUUUACUCAUUAUGCAAGUUAUAUUUUGAUCAACUUGUUUUCACUGAAUAUUUGAUGAUAAUAAACUUACAUACAUAACAAAUAUACAGCAAAAUAUGACAGGAUAUAUAAAAAGCAAAAUCGUAAGUACAGAUUCCUAAAUAACAAUAAAUGUCUUAAAAGGAAGAAGAAAUCAUUCUGGAAAAGAAACCUUUCGUUACGCCCAUAAUUCUUUAAUAGUAAGUUGCAAUGUAUGAUCGGCCAAUGAUUGAACUGAUAUAGACAUGCAUGUAAAAGCUUCCAACACAAAACCCGAGGCACACAAUUACAACACUGUUUUCGACCUAAGGCACAUCUCUAUCGGUAACCGUUUUACUUCUUUCUUCGCUUACGAAGUAUUUUGGUUGCGGUCUUGAAUGGUUACUUGGAGUUCUUAUCUUGUAGUGAGUCUCAUUUGUUAGUAACUCACUUGUUACUCCCAAUAUAGAGACUAGUAGUUGGGACCUCAACAUACAAUUUACAAAAUUAAAGGAACACAUGUACCUACAGCCGACACUUGUGGACGCACUAACAUUCUCUAACAAAGUUAACCCUUGGUGUUUGAAGAUGACACAAAGAUGAUAAGUACUGAUAGGUAAUGCUAAAAAACUUUUAAUUUGGACUUCAGCUAGAUAUAGAUAUAUCCAAGUGUCAGCGUUAUCCACAUCAUUUUUACUCGCCACUUCCGGGCGCCCAAAAGGAAAAGCUAUGUCUAUGUAAACAAUAGAAGUGAAGAGACAUUCAUUAACAACACACAAAGGCAAAUGAGAGCCUGGGAAAAAAAAAGAUAUGCACACAGUCUUUCAAAACUUCUCGUUCUAUUAAAGUAACAAACCUAAGAGCAUUCCCCCCCAAAAAAUAUGAACACUAGGAUGACGUUAGCACCUAAAUUUUGUAAUAACUUGUUAAAACUGUAAUGCUAUUUCCAUUUCUUAUGUCAGAGUGGGCUUAGCAUUUCCACAAUAUAUAGUUUCUAAUUUUUCUUCAAAAUUACGCAUUCAAAUACUUUCGAUUCUCGAACGAAUUAAAGACAGUUAAAUAUAAGCCAAAAAUGCUCAUAUAAACUAUCAGUAACAUCAACUUACAGAUGCAAACAAAGUUGAGAUGAAGAGAUACUGAAGACCCUAAGUAUUCCUGCAGUCAAAGAGCCGACAUGCUCUGAAUUCCCUCACUUAAAACCCUUUGUUGGCACAGAUUACUCGACAGUCCCAGUUCUGGGCAAGAUUUAAACGUCGGAUGUUUUGGACAGAUAAUGUUCUGAACAGUCUGGUAGUGAUUUUGAAAAAAAACCCCAGCGAACAGCUUAAAACCUUGUACUGAAAAUCUGGUUGAUACUGUCAUCACUUGUGCUGACUCAAAACCUCAUUUCAUGGAUCCGGAAAACAUCGCUUAAUAUAAAAGCAUUUCUGCUUACGUGACUUUGUACAAUUGCUUCCUUUUGGUUUUGGAAGAAGUGAAAACCCGAGUGAAUACAACGGGUCAUGGAAUGAUCUUCCCAAGAGAAGACAACUUGUGAUUGUUCUCUUUGUAAAUAUUUCUGUUGCACCGCAUUUCGUCAGAGGGCUGAUAACUGUAGAUUGAUACCCUGCUCCCCUUUUCUUGUAAAUAUCUUCAAAAACAUGAUGACCAAGUUUUAUUCACAGUUUGUUUGUAAAUAGUUAUUUUUGCGAGUUAUUUUUCCUACGAAUGAUCUGAAAGACGUUGUUGCUGUAACAUGCCGGCUGCGUUCUUCACCUACUUCAUUUUGCAGUUUUGGAGUCGACUCAUGGAACUGGCUUCAUACUGAUUAAAUACAUUUGUGAUAAAGGAGUAAUUAUGACCCAAAGCAAAACAUUCAAAGACGAAGACCAUAUUUUUCCUGGGCAUAUUUCAUCUUACAGAUUUUUUUUAUAAGACACAAAAAUGGAAUGUAAACACAAGGUAAACACCCCUACAGAGCCUUAGGAAGCCGUGUCAGCAACACUGAAUCUAGUCAGGCUGUGACGUUAACAAAGAAUCUCCCAUCUGUAUAUUUUGUAAAAACAUUUUUUUAAGAUAAUAAAGAUUU